GACAGUACUACUAAACGAUACAGACUCAUCAUGUCGAGCACCAGCAAAGCAUUGACGGUAGGAGGAGAAAGAACGACUGGACAGUCAGUAAGAACUCAAAAUGUUCUGGCUGCCAGCUCCAUUGCCAACAUUGUCAAGAGCAGCUUGGGGCCAGUGGGCCUUGACAAGAUGUUGGUAGAUGAUAUUGGGGAUGUGACAAUCACGAACGAUGGUGCCACUAUUCUGAAGCUAUUGGAGGUUGAACACCCAGCAGCCAAAGUCUUGGUGGAGUUGGCAGAUCUCCAAGACCAGGAAGUCGGUGAUGGAACAACAUCUGUGGUAAUUAUUGCUGCAGAGCUCCUGAAGAAUGCAGAUGAGCUUGUCAAGUGUAAGAUUCACCCCACAUCCAUCAUCAGUGGCUACAGACUGGCCUGCAAAGAGGCUGUCAAGUACAUCCAGGAGAACCUGACCAUCAAUGUGGACGAGCUUGGGCGGGACUGCAUUGUCAACGCUGCCAAGACAAGCAUGUCCAGCAAGAUCAUUGGAGCUCAAUCUGAUUUUUUUGCCAACAUGUGUGUGGAUGCAGGCUACCUGAUAAAGACUCCUGAUGGCAAGGGAGGCUAUAGAUAUCCAAUAAAGGCAAUUAAUGUUCUCAAGGCUCACGGCAAGAGCAGCAAGGAGUCCCUUCUCAUCAAUGGAUAUGCCCUCAACUGCUCAGUUGCAUCUCAAGCCAUGAAGAAGAAGGUAGUUGGUGCCAAGAUUGCUUGUCUGGACUUCAGUCUUCAGAAAGCUAAGAUGCAUCUAGGUGUACAGGUGCUUGUAGAAGAUCCUACCAAGCUAGAUGGUAUCCGACAAAGAGAAUCUGACAUCACCAAGGAGAAGAUCCAAAAGAUCAUCAAUGCUGGUGCCAAUGUGAUUCUGACAACAGGUGGCAUCGAUGACUUGUGUCUCAAGUACUUCGUGGAGGCUGGUGCGAUGGCGGUCAGGCGGUGUAAGAAGGCUGACCUCAAGAGGAUAGCAAGAGCUACUGGAGCUACAUUCCUGAUGACACUAGCUAAUCUGGACGGAGAGGAGUCGUUCGAGCCAUCAAUGCUGGGACAGGCUGAAGAGGUGGUCACUGAGAGGAUCUGUGAUGAUGAGCUUAUUAUUAUCAGAGGGACCAAAGCUCGUACUGCUGCAUCAAUCAUCCUUCGAGGAGCCAAUGACUUCAUGUGUGAUGAGAUGGAGCGAUCUGUUCAUGAUGCCCUUUGUGUCGUCCGGCGGGUUUUGGAGUCCAAGACCGUCGUUGUUGGAGGUGGCGCCGUUGAGGCUGCCCUAUCCAUAUACCUGGAGAACUUUGCCACCUCACUGUCGUCAAGAGAGCAGCUGGCUAUAGCAGAGUUUGCCAAGUCCCUACUCGUCAUCCCCAAGCAGUUGUCAGUGAACGCAGCACAAGACUCCACUGAUCUGGUGGCCAAACUAAGGGCCUAUCACAACACCUCCCAGACCAAGGCCGAACACAGCGAUCUCAAGUGGAUUGGCUUAGAUCUGAUAGAGGGCAUUGUUCGGGACAACAAGAAAGCUGGAGUUCUUGAGCCAGGAAUGUCAAAGAUCAAAUCACUGAAGUUUGCCACAGAGGCCGCCAUCACAAUCCUUCGUAUUGAUGAUAUGAUCAAAAUGGCCCCUGAGCAGAAACAUGGAAGUUCAUACCAGGAUGCUAUGCGGAGGGGGGACUUGUGAUAACCUUGCUGUCAUGGAAACUAACAUGGACUGUUUACAUUAUCAGCUUCUAGCAGUGACUGUUACCAUCCUCUGUAUCAUAUGUUGUGCCACACACGAUGUCUCUGUCUGACAAGCGUCAGUUUAUGUGUAGGCGCCUGAGCAUGUGGGACAGGUGUCAUGAAUUUGCAUCUAAGUGCUUCAUUAUUUAAUUUAUCACCACCGACUGUGUGAAGAAUUCCUAUAUAAAACAUUUCAAAAUAAAAAGUGCUAUCUC